UCCAGUUAGGUCCUCUCUCUCUGCAAAGCACCGCUCCAGGCCGGGGUCCGGGCUGAGACGGAAGCACAGCAGCACACAACGUUUCCGCGGUGCGUAGGCCGCUCUCUUCCGAGCGGGGUCGCCUCUCUGGCAGCCGGUGGGUGCGAAGGUCGCGCGGCGGAGCAGCAGCUCCCUCGGGGGAGGCGCGCUUUGAACCAGGCGCCGGGAGACAGAAAAGGAGAACCAUGGGGAGCCUGAAGGAAGAACUCCUGAAGCCCAUCUGGCACGCUUUCACCGCCCUCGACUUGGACAGGAGCGGUAAAGUCUCCAAGUCGCAGCUUAAGGUCCUUUCUCACAACCUCUGCACAUUGUUGAAUGUUCCUCAUGAUCCAGUGGCCUUAGAAGAGCAUUUUAGGGAUGAUGAUGAAGGACCUGUUUCUAAUCAGGGAUAUAUGCCUUAUUUAAAUAGAUUCAUCUUGGAAAAGGUUCAAGACAACUUUGACAAAGUUGAAUUCUAUAAAAUGUGCUGGACUCUGUGUGCCAGAAAAAAUCUCACAAAAAAACCCUUACUCCUUACUGAUGAUGAUGCUUUUAAAGUGUGGGUCAUCUUCAAUUUUCUAUCUGAAGACAAAUAUCCAUUAAUCAUUGUGCCAGAAGAGAUUGAAUAUUUGCUUAAGAAGCUGACAGAAGCAAUGGGAUUAGGUUGGCAUCAAGAACAGUUUGAACAUUACAAGAUCAGUUUGUAUGCCAGUUGGGAAGGUCUUUCUGCUUGGGAACUGAUUGAGCUCAUUGGAAAUGGUCGGUUUAGCAAAGGGAUGGAUGGACCAACUGUGGCAAUGGGCAUUAAUGAAGUCUUCAGUGAACUUAUAUUGGAUGUAUUAAAACAGGGUUAUAUGUGGAAGAAGGGUCACAAAAGAAAAAACUGGACAGAACGUUGGUUUGUUUUAAAACCAAAUGCUAUAUCGUACUAUGUUAGUGAAGAUUUAAAAGACAAAAGAGGAGAUAUUGCACUGGAUGGCAACUGUACUGUAGAGGGCUUGCCCGACAAAGAUGGCAAAAAAUGUCUCUUUCUUAUAAAUAAUUUAGAGAAAUGUUUUGAAAUUAGUGCCUCCGAUAAGAAGAAGAAACAGGAGUGGAUUCAAGCCAUUCAGACAACAGUAAAUCUGCUGAAAUUAAAAAGCCCUUCACCUCAUAAAGAGGCAAGACAGAAACGGAAAGAAUUACGCCAAAAACUGCAGGCGGAACAAGCAGAAUUGGAGAGACAAAUGAAAGAGCUCCAAAUAGCAAAUGAAAAUAAGCAGAAAGAACUGGAAACUGUCAGAAAGCAACUUGAUGAAGCAGCCGCUCGAGCGUCAGAAGAAGAGACAAAACGUCUGCAGACUCAGAUGGAAUUACAAGAUCGAUUCAAGCUUGAACUGGAGAGAGAAAAAAUGGUAAGACAGAAAAUGGAAGAACAGGUUGCUCAGAAAUCAUCUGAGCUUGAGCAGUAUUUACUGAGAGUCAAAGAACUUGAGGAGAUGUAUAAUCAACUGCAGGAAGCUUUGGAGGAUGAGAAACAAGCCCGUCAAGAUGAGGAAACUGUCAGGAGACUUCAGGCCAGACUGCUAGAAGAAGAGACAACCAAGAGAGCAGAAUUGGAAAAGUGGCAUUUAGAGCAGCAACAGGCCAUUCAGGUGACUGAGGCAGAAAAGCAAGAGUUGGAAAACCAGAGGAAAAUGAAGGAACACGCUUUACAGGUCGCCAUGCAACAGUUGGAAGAACUGGAAUUAGAGAGGAAGCAAGCCUUUGAACAAUAUGAGGAGGUAAAGAAGAAAUUGGAAGUAGCAGCAAGUAAAACUAAAAAUUGGAAAGAUAGAGUAGCUCAUCAUGAGGGAUUAAUUCGAUUAAUCGAACCAGGUUCCAAGAAUUCCCAUUUGAUCACUAACUGGGGACCGGCGGCCUUCACUGAAGCUGAACUUGAGCAAAGAGAGAAGAGUUGGAAAGGGAAAAGGGGCACUUCUGAUUAGCAAAUGUGGCUAAAAUAUAAUUGGGGACCGCACAGAGCAGGAAUCUGAUAAUUAAAUAAAUUAUUGUUACACCAAUUUAUUGCAUAUAUUGCACGCUAGCUCAAGAUACUUAAGGAAUUUGAAUACAAAAUACAAGUUCUACCACACAACAUGAAUUAUAACAGAAUUUCUGAGAGAGCUAAACAAAAGUUUACAUAAACUAUCUGAAUAAUUGUGUGCAGUUUAUGAAAAUGUGAAUGUUGCAAUUUGAAGUGUGUUCUUUUUAAUUUGGAAUUGGAUGAGUUGAAUGAACUAGAACACAUUUGAAAUAUGGUGAUCUUUUUUACCCAUAUUGUUAAUCUAUGUUGAUUAGAAAACCAUGAACAUACCCACCUACUUUUACUAUAUCUGGGGCAAUAAAAACUUAUGUAAACAGUAGGAAGAUUGUUGUCUUUGGUAAAUCCAGGCCCAAGAUACAUGGAUAAACAUAGCAAUUUUGACCAAUAUGUCAGUAUAUUAAUGGCACAGUAUAUUAGUGUAUGACUGAAAUACUUUUUCCAUAUAAAUACCAAAUAUAUUCUCAAGUAGUAAUUUUGGAAUCUUAAUAAUUCUUUAGGAAGAAAAAGAAAGGAAGAAAAAGAAAGAAAAAUUGAACACCUCACAGCCUCCUUUUGAUUUUUUUUAUCAUUACACUAAUAGCCUGAAGACAGCUGAAUAUCAUUUUUGAUUUUGUUGAGAGUUGGUUAGGAUCUUGAUCCAGAAAUUUAUAGUCUAAUCUUGGCUAUGUGAACAUAUUCUGUGAAAAUAUGAACAUGUUCUGUGAAAAUAUGAAUAGCGUGAUCCAUUGGGUCAACCAAUUGAUUACAACUGAUUCAAAGUAAUAAUCUACCCUUGUUCACUAAAUUUCUUUAAUUUUGUAUAUAGUCCAAAUACAACUAAUAAUUGCUAAAUUAUUUUGCAAGUAAAUGUAGCAUUAAUAUAUUAGACUUAAAAGUAAUGAAGUUUAUAAUAUUAUCCGUAGAUUCUCUAUAGCUCAGUUAUUUCCGAAAUAAAAUAUUACUUUGAAAAAGAUCAGCUAAUCAAUUGUUGAAGUCAUUAGGACAGGGGUGUCAAACUCAGGGCCCUCAGGCCAGAUGUGUCACAUGCUGCCCCCCCCCCCCGUUUAGCAAAGGGGAAAAAAAUGAUCCGAUACAUCAUGUGAUACUGCUGUCACAAUGUGAGUUUGGCACCCCUGCAUUAGGGGAAUCCUGCAAAUGCUGUCAAACAAGUGCCCAUUCAUUUUAUUAAAAAUUAUGGAACUCUCACAUAAGUUGACUUGAAAUUAGGAAAAUGUGCAACAUGAAUACUGCUGACUGGGUGGGAAACUUCAAAAUUUGGCCCUUUUUAAGAGAAGAAGCUGAUAGGUAGGCAAAAUCCAUCUCAAACAUUCCCAGGAGGAAGGAAUCCUGGAUUAUUUAUUUUUGUUUUUAAACUGUAUUGCAGUUUUAUUAAUGAAAUUUGGUGUUUUUUGUAAAAAUAUGUGUCUAGAAAGGGUAAGAUACGAAAUAGUGAAAUAACUUUCAACAUAAGAAAUGAGCAACUGUAGAUGAUUACAACAGUGUUAGCUUCUUUGUGUAGUUUCUUUUUUUAGACAUGGAAAUAAUUUCUAUAUAUGCAAAUAGCCUGUCAGAAUUGGCAUCUGGAAGUUGGACUGUUUUAUGGAGCUAUAUCAAUUAUUUCCAUCAAUGUGAGGGGGGCUAUUUCCAUUCUUUGUGGAAACCCCAAGGCUUAGACAAUAGUUUUUCCUUUGACAUGUGGUGGUAUCAUUGCUUCAGUGACAAGACUCAAGGCAGUUCCAUGAACUAUCAUUGAAGAUUAUCAAAGUGAAGCAUCAAAUUGAGGCUUUGCACAAAUCUUCCUUUUUAUUUUGUUGCGUUUUGCUAACUGAAAAGUGUUUAUAAAAUAACUUCAACCUGUUUAAUGAGUAUUAUAGUUUAAUACUAAGUUUUCUUAAAUGUGUAGUUACUGUACAGUAAUCAUGACUUUAUGCUGUUGAUAUAUAAACAUUCUAGUUGGAUAGGAACCAACAAUACUGUACUAGAAGUAUUGUAUUCUGGUAUAUCCUGAGAAACCAGUUGAGAUAUAUUUAUAAUAUCAAAACUACCAAAUCAUUACUGUUAAUUUACAUGUAAAACUAUUUGUUGUGCUAAUUGCAAUUGGACCAAAUUAAGAAAUUGCCAGUUUUUCAUGUGUUCCAUUUUGUGUUUGCUUUAGUAUUUGUUAAAAUAAACAAGAAUAAUUUUA